AUGCAGCAGGAAGCAGACGAAACUGUGGAUCAAUUCGUGGCAAGGCUGCGUAGACAGGCACAGUUUUGUAACUUUACUAACAUUGAUGCGGAUAUUCGGGAUCAGGUUAUCGAUAAAUGUAAGUCAUCCAAACUUCGUAGGAAACUCCUAGAAAAAGUUGAUCUGACUCUAAAGCAAGCACAGGACUUGGCAAGAGCUCUAGAAGCGGUCGAUUACCAAAUGAAGUCAAUGGACCUAGGCACUAGUGAAAAAGCUGACUCAGGUGCAAGCUCUAGUGCUGACUCUGUAAAUCGUGUUUCACACUCGUCCAAGAGGGGGAGUGCCAGUGGCGGCAAGCCCAAGCAUGAUUACAGAGGGCCCAAAGGUGGUCAAAAAGGGCAGAAGAAAGGCAAAUGUUAUCGUUGUGGCAACGAAGGUCACUUUGGUAAAGAUGAUUGUUGUCCUGCUAAAAAUGUAGAAUGUCGUAAAUGUGAAAAGAUGGGACAUUUCGCCAAGGUUUGCAGAACAAAGCAAGGCCACAAGAAGCAGUAUCACGUGACUGAGUCCAAACGGGAUUCAGCUGACGAGGAGCUGUAUUCGAUAUAUUCGGCGAGAGAUUCAAGUUCAGAAAUUCAGGUCGAUGUUGGUGUGUCAGGCAAAAAUGUGCAAUUCACCGUCGACACUGCCGCAUCAGUGUCAGUCAUUCCGCAUGAGUUAUAUCAGGAAAAAUUCAAGGAUGUGUUGCCAUUGUCUCCAACCAAUGUGAAAUUGAAAAGCUAUUCCGGUGAUGAAAUUCCAGUCAUGGGCGAAUUUAAGGUCGAGGUUUGCUACAAUGGGCAAACGGCUUCGCUCCCUCUGUACGUCACCAAAGGCGAAAGAGUAGCAUUGUUUGGGCGCAAUUGGCUUAGUGUGAUCAAGCUAGAUUGGCAUCGUUUGUUCAGUGUGAUGUCACUCACAAGUGAUCCUGAAAUUCAGAAAGUGUUAGAUAAGUACCCUCAUGUGUUCUCAAAUGAGAUGGGUACCAUCCGUGGCUACAAGGCCGAUAUUCGCUUGAAAGAAUCAUGUAGUCCGGUGUUCAAGAAAGCUAGGCCUGUUCCAUAUGCUCUAAGGGAGAAAGUAGGCCUAGAGUUAGAUAGAUUAGAGAAAGCGGGUGUGUUGGAAAAAUGUACCACAAGUGAAUGGGCAUCACCCAUUGUUGUUGUAUCUAAAAGUGAUGGACAGAUUAGGAUCUGCGGAGACUAUAAAGUGACAAUAAAUCCGCUGAUAGAGGAUAAUGCGUAUCCAUUACCAACCUCAGAGGACUUGUUUGCAACGCUAGCCGGUAGUGAGGUAUUCUCAAAGAUUGACCUCAGCCAUGCAUACCAACAGUUGGAAUUGACGGAGAAUUCGAGGGAACUCUGUACUAUAAAUACGCAUCAGGGAUUAUAUAGAUACAGAAAACUACCAUUCGGGAUUAAAUCAGCGCCCUCUAUAUUCCAAUCCGUGAUUGAUAGAAUCCUAGGAAACCAGAAGGGUGUGGCAAGCAUUCUCGAUGACAUUCUCAUUGGGACCAAGAUUCCCGAGCACGUGGAUAGCCUGGACACAGUGCUAAAGCAGUUGGCAGAUCACAAUGUGGUUGCCAAAAGACCUAAAUGCAAAUUCAAAGUUCCAGAAGUGUCCUACUUUGGACAUAUGAUAAACGCUGAAGGUCGCGCAUGCAUGAAAUACAAGGUUGAUGCAAUUCUGAAUGCGAGAAAACCGGAGAAUGUAUCCGAACUGCGUACAUUUCUAGGGAUCGUGGGGUAUUAUGGGUCGUUCAUACCCAAUAUGUCGACCAAGUUCGCCCCGCUAUACAGGUUGUUGCGCAAUAAUACUCCCUGGCAGUGGUCUCAUGAGUGUGAUGAGGCGCUGCAAAGUGUUAAAGACGAACUGACUAGUGAUCGUAUCUUGGUUCAUUACGACCCUGCUAAGCCUCUCAUCUUAGCUACCGAUGCUUCGCCCACAGGAGUUGGAGCUUUGAUUUCGCACCGCAUGGAAGAUGGAUCCGAGAGACCGAUAGCUUUUGCGUCGCGAUCAUUGACCGAUAGCGAGCGUAAUUAUGCGCAAAUUGAAAAAGAGGGACUUGGAAUCAUUUAUGGAGUUAAGAAAUUCCAUAAAUAUUUGUAUGGCAGAAAAUUCGAGUUGAUUACAGAUCAUGAGCCGUUGACUACCAUAUUUGGACCAAAGACUGGGGUACCGACCCUAGCUGCGCUCAGAUUGCAGAGAUGGGCUCUGAUACUAAUGGCCUAUGACUAUACCAUACAUUACCGUCGAUCAAAGGAUCAUGCAAAUUCUGAUAUGUUGUCGCGCUUCCCAGUAGAUGACUGUCAAACUGCUACUGAGUUGAAAAUCAACUAUUUCAGUAUGGUUGAUGAACUACCAGUUUCUGCGGAGGACAUUAGUGAGCAAACUAGGAAAGAUCCGAUCUUGUCACGUGUGUAUCACUAUGUCAUGCAUGGAUGGCCAGACCAAGGGAAAGAUCCGGACAUAGUCGAGUAUUGGAAACGUCGAGAUGAACUUUCCGCGGACCAAGGCUGUCUGCUAUGGGGAAUUCGCGUGGUGAUUCCGCCUAAGUUCCGUAGUCGCUUGUUAAAGGAGCUACAUCAUGAACAUUUUGGGAUGGUUCGCAUGAAAGCGAUGGCAAGAAGUUAUCUAUGGUAUCCUGGUAUCGAUGUGGAUAUCGAAGCGCUGGUUAAAUCCUGUGACGCGUGUCUUGCUUUCCAAAGCAACCCAGGACCAGUACCAUUGAUUCCAUGGCCAUACCCAACCAAGUUUUGGGAACGUGUGCAUAUUGACUUUGGAUACCUUGAACAGUUGAACUAUUUGCUGCUAGUUGAUGCUCAUAGCAAAUGGGUUGAGAUUGAACUGAUGUAUCAGAACACCACUGCUGAGAAAACCGUUGAUGUCUUACGCAGUUGGUUCGCGCGCUUCGGUCUACCGAUAGAAUGCGUCUCUGAUAACGGCCCUCAAUUCAUAUCGCAGGUGUUCGAAGAUUUCUGUAGCAGAAAUGGGAUUAAGCACACACUCUCACCCCCAUACCACCCUCAGACAAACGGGGCUGCUGAGAACAUUGUCAAGGAAGCAAAGAAGGCUUUCAAGAAACAUUACUAUGCAGAAAGGAAGGGUUCAGAACCCAAAUUGUCGGCAAAGCAACGCGUCGAUGAUUUUCUUCUUACAUACCGCAGUACACCGCAUUGUACAACGGGUCAGUCGCCCGCUGACUUAGUUCUGAAACGUGGACUUAGAACCCGUUUUUCUAUCCUCAGACCAGACUUGAACAAGUCUGUGACUCAGAAGCAACAGAAGAUGGUGGACAUUCAUGAUCAACGUGGAGUGAAAAUGCGUACAUUCAGUCAAAACGAGGUCGUGCGCGUUAAGAAUACGAGGGGAGGAGGAAAUGUGAAAUGGCUCCCUGGUAAAGUGGUGAAAGUGCUUGGACCACAGUCAUAUGUCGUUCGCGUUGGAUCUCGCAACCGCUAUGUUCAUGUUGAUCAUUUGCAGAAAAGUGGCGAAACUGAACCUGCAAGGUUAGAGUCUGAAGGACCGCCGGCCGCUCCUAUUGUGGAAGUUGUGUCACCCGAUCCUGUGGACACUCCUACUCCGGGUUCUUCUGUUGGUAGUGCAUUGGCACCGGUAUCUAACCCCAAUGUGUUAAACGAGCGUUCUGAGGUUGGUGGAACUUCUCCAAGAUACCCAAGACGAGCAAACCGGAAAGGACCAGACAGACUGAUUGAAAGUCAUGGGUGA